GCUCUUAAAAAAUUUGAACUGAAAGCUGCGGGGUUUGAUCAGAAGCAACACAGGGAUGAGCGCCAAUAAACUGGCAUCCUCCACUCGUUUCCACCCAAUCCCAUUGAUAGUAAGAAACUCUCUCCAAUGGAUUAACAACUCCACCACUUUACAAUCAACCCCACCUUUCACACCAAAAUCGCCAUCCAUUUGGGCUACAAAUCUCAUCAAAUCAUACUUCGACAAGGGCCUAUCCAAACACGCUCGUAACCUGUUCGAUGAAAUGCCUGAAAGAGAUGUGGUUGCCUGGACUGCUAUGAUUGUUGGCUUUACUUCUUGCAAUGACUAUACUCAAUCAUGGGCUGUGUUCUGUGAGAUGCUUAGGAGUCAUAUUCACCCAAAUGCCUUCACUCUGUCUAGUGUUCUCAAGGCUUGCAAGGGCAUGAAGGCUCUUUCAUGUGGGACUUUGGCUCAUAGUUUGGCCACGAAACACGGUAUUGACGGGUCAAUGUAUGUCCAGAAUGCACUCUUGGAUAUGUAUGCUACUUGCUGUGCUACCAUGGAUGAUGCUUUGACUGUGUUUAAUGAUAUACCUCUCAAGACUGCUGUGUCUUGGACUACCUUGAUUGCAGGGUUCACUCACAGAGGUGAUGGCUACAGCGGCCUUCAAGUUUUCAGGCAAAUGUUACUGGAUAAUGUUGAACCAAACUCGUUUAGCUUUUCCAUCGCGGUUAGAGCUUGUGCUUCAAUCGGCUCGUAUGCAUAUGGAAAACAAAUACAUGCAGCAGUCACCAAAUAUGGCCUCCAUUCUGAUAUUCCAGUAUUGAAUUCAAUACUCGACAUGUAUUGCAGGUGUAACUGUUUAUGUGAUGCAAAAAGAUGUUUUGGUGAAAUGACUGAAAGGAAUUUGAUUACAUGGAACACCUUGAUAGCAGGGUAUGAAAGAUCAGAUUCCAGCGAGUCUUUAAGUUUAUUUUCGCAAAUGGGGUCUGAAGGCUAUGAACCAAAUUGUUUUACGUUCACAAGUAUUACAGCAGCUUGUGCCAAUUUAGCAGUCUUAGGGUGUGGACAACAGGUUCAUGGUGGAAUCAUUCGUAGAGGAUUUGACAAUAGUGUAGCUUUGGUGAAUGCACUUAUCGACAUGUAUGCGAAGUGCGGGAACAUAAAUGAUUCACACAAACUCUUCUGUGAUAUGCCUCGUAGAGACUUAGUGUCCUGGACUACCAUGAUGAUUGGCUAUGGAUCACACGGAUAUGGAAAAGAGGUCAUUAAGUUGUUCGAUGAAAUGGUUCGAAGUGGAAUUCAACCUGAUCGGAUCGUGUUCAUGGCGGUCCUAAGUGCUUGCAGCCAUGCUGGACUUGUGAACAAGGGUCUAAGUUAUUUCAGAUCAAUGCUGGAGGAUUACAAUCUUAACCCCGAUCACGAAAUCUAUGGGUGUGUAGUGGACUUGCUUGGGCGUGCUGGGAGAGUCGAGGAAGCUUUUCAACUAGUCGAGAGUAUGCCAUUUGAACCCGACGAGUCGGUUUGGGGUGCCCUGUUGGGAGCAUGUAAAGCAUAUGAGCUUUCAAAUCUAGGAAAGUUGGCAGCUCAGAGAGUAUUGGAUACAAGGCCGAAUAUGGCAGGGACUUACCUGCUGUUGUCCAAUAUAUAUGCAGCUGAAGGCAAAUGGGGUGAGUUUGCGAAAAUGAGGAAGCUGAUGAAAGGGAUGGACAACAAGAAAGAAGUGGGAAAGAGUUGGAUUGAAAUUAGAAAUGAAGUUUAUAGUUUUGUGGUUGGAGAUAAGAUGGGGCCUCACAUAGAGUGCGUGCAUAAAGUUCUUAAACUACUUAUUUGGCAUAUGAAGGAUGAUGGGGAUGUCACAGAUUUAGAUUCACAACAUGAAUCAUAGACCACAUGAAUAUCAAUAUUUUCCAAAAACGGCGUCGAAGGUGCUCGAAACAAGAAAUGCUGGGGCGAUCUUCUUUUAUGCUGAUGCCACCUUGCCUUCCGCAAAGAAAUGCUCAAAGGUACGAAUGUCUUUCAUAUACCACGUACGUAUCUAUUGUUGAUCGACAUAUGUUGAAGUGGAAGAACAACUUGAAGGGAGAGAGGUUUUUGAAGAAGAACCUUAAGCACUUAUGCUUGUUAAUUC